AUGCAUUCGACAUCCCCGCGAGCUAGCACAGGCGAGAAAGUCACAGGAUUGACCGCCAGACCACGACCGGCACGCAAGGACGCAAGCGACCUGUCCACUAGCGGUGAUAAGUACACCAGCGAUGCGAACGGCGAAGACUUGCAUGGCCACCUUGCCUCCGGUCAGCACGCAGAGCAGUCAGGAUGCUCGACACAGGGAGCUGCCUACCGUACACAGCGUAAAUUUUAUCUAUCGCAGUAUCACUAG